ACUAAUUUCUCUAGAGAAUCUCAAUCACUUCUGUAGUUUCCCUAUUCAGAUUUUGAAUUAUACGCAAAAUUAAAUACAAUGAAUGCUAUUCAUUGUUAUUAUAACCGCAAGAAAUUCAAUUUCGGCUCAACGUUAAAGUUGAAUCAUGGCCUUUCUUCUUCUUCAGUUCUCUAUUUAAGGUCUGUAUCUCCUCUUUCAAUUUCAAUCACUUUUCAUCAAAAGAAAAAAAAAGUCUAAAUCAACAUUCAUCUCAAUUAGUUUUCUGAAUUAUACUAUCAGAAUGAGCCAAACUGAUCCUGUAACUCAAUCUGAUAUUGUCAACAACCUUAUUCAGGCUGAAACAACUGAAGCUCCACCUCCAUCAGUACAAAGUAGUGAAACAAACAAUGAUGAAGAAAAUGCUAACAAGAAAAGAAAGGUUGGAGAAGCUUCCAAUGAUUCUAAUGUUAUAGCUGGAGAUUCAGGUAACAGAAAACCUAUUAAAUCUAGAUCUUGGACUUGGGAACAUUUUACAAAAAUAGGAUCAAGAGCUAAGUGUAAUUGGUGUGAUGUAACAUAUGCUGCUGAUUCACAAAGAAAUGGCACUAGUAAUUUAAAACACCAUUUGCUGCAUCAGUGUAAGAAGUUUUCAAAAGAGUCUCUUGAUCCCACUCAACAGACUCUUGUUCUUCAACAAUUGAAAAAAGAAGAUGGGAAUGGAUCUGGUAGUGUUUUCACUGGUGUUCAUUUUGAUGCCGAGGCAUGUAGGAAAGCUUUAGCUAGGAUGAUUAUUGUUGAUGAGUUGCCUUUUAAGUUUGUUGAGGGAGAGGGGUUUCUUCAUUUUAUGAGUGUUGUGCAACCUAAACUCUCAAUUCCUAAAAGGAUUACAAUUGCUAGAGAUUGUUGGGAUUUGUACACGAGUGAGAAACAUAAGUUAAAAAGUGUGCUAAAUAAAUCAAAUCAAUGUGUCUGUCUUACAACUGAUUGUUGGACAUCUGUUCAAAAUUUGAGUUAUCUUUGUCUCACUGCACAUUUCAUUGAUCAUGAUUGGAAAAUCCAUAAAAGGAUUCUGAAUUUUUGUCCAAUUGUGAAUCACAAAGGAGUAACCAUCGGCAAAAAAAUUGAAAAAUGUUUGGAGGAAUGGCUAAUAGGUAAUGUUUUCACCAUUACGGGAGGUAGAGUGCUUACUUGCUAUAGAAGUUCUCUUACGCCAAAAACAGUUGAAGCUUUAAUUUGUACACAAAAUUGGUGUAAAUCUUCCCCGGUGUCGGUGGAUAUUGAAGAGCUUGUGGAUGAGUUAGAAAAUCUGGAAUUAGAACUUGCUCCAAUCCCACAAUUGAAUGAAGGUGUAUCUGAUAUAGACUCUGAUUAGCUUUUGAUAUCUGAAAGAAUUGGGUAGAUUGUGAAGCUGGAGCAAUUGCAGGAUAAUUAUUGUGAAGCUGGAGCAAUUUCAGGAUAAUUAGAAAAUUUUAGAUUUGUCUAUCAAUGUUGCAGGCUGUGAUUUUGAAACUAUCAAUUAUGCUGUCAUUGAUAUUUUUCUUGAAGUUUUAUUAUUAUAUUCACUUUAAUGCAGCUUUGGUAUGUUACUGUCAUAUAUAUUUGUCAUAUAUUUAAUUUAUAUUACAAGUCUCCCUAUAAGCACUAAGUAAGCAGGUCUCCAUAUAAAAUAUUUAUUACAGCAAUGUCUAUUUCGUUGGGAUAGAUAUUGUCCAUAUAUUAUAAUGAAUCUUUGCAACAAUGACAUCAAAUAGCCAUAUAAUAUGAAAAUUAGAUAUUGUCUUAGUAGACGUUGGUGGCAUAAUUGUAACUGGUAUUGAAAUAUAUUCGUUUUAAAUUUCACAGUGUUGAUUUAAAAACCGAAUAAAACCGAUUCAACCGAACCGAAGUAAACCGUAUAAAUUGGAUUGGAUUGGAUUGGAUUUUUCUUGUUGUCAUCCAAAAACCGAACCAAACCGUAUGCUUUAUAUAUUUUGGAUCGGAUGAUAUUUUGUCUCAAAACCGAUCCAAACCGGACCGUGAA